CCAGGGGCCUCAUGUACAAAGACUUGCGUUGAAUUCAUACUAAAACAUUGCGUACGGACAAAGCUGUAAAUGUGCGUACGCACAAAAAAAAACAGAUGUAUGAAUCUCUGCGUACGAAGGAUUCCACGCAUAUUCUCUUUGUACAUCCCAAUUAACGUAAAAUUGAGCGCACAUGCACGAGCACAACGCCCCACCCAGUCUCCUCCCCUAAUUAAAUCAAUUUAAAUAUGGUAAUGAGUCCACUUUGGCAAAAGAUAGCAGUAAGAAAAUGGCUAAGGCAAGCGGCAAGAAACGAAACUUUACUGAAAGUGAAUUGGAGGUGCUACUAUCGGAGGUAGAGACUAGAAAACAUAUUUUAUUUGGAACGUUGUCCUCUGGAAUUAAUAACAAAAGGAAAAAAUAUGAGUGGGAGAGUUUGGCUGAAGCCGUCAAUGCAGUGGGAUCUGAAAGUCGCACUGUAAAUGAGCUUAAAAAGAAAUGGUCUGAUAUAAAGGUGGACGUUAAACGGAGAACUGCUGCGCACCGACAAAGUGUGGGCAGGACAGGCAGUGGUAAAGGGGUCGAUGAACUUACACCCUUUGAGCAGAGAGUUGCCUCAAUUAUGGGUGACACUUUACUCUCUGGAGUAGUAUCUUCUGCUGUGGGAGACUCCGAUUUACAGGAUUGCGACGAAGACCCAUAUGGCGCAACAGCCGAAACAUCCACUUCCCAGGAGGGGCACUCGGAGUCCGCCCCUCCUGAGCAGCCAGCGCCCACUGUGCCCAGCGUUUCCAGUGCUCUCCCCAGUGCUGACGCCCGUCCGUCUGGUCGCGUCUUGACACAUGCUGUUUUGGAGUCACAACAGCAAAUCAUUAUGGCCAUCGGAGAAAUUAACAGUCACCUGAAAAAUAUCACUGACGCACUCACAGACAUAAGCCACUCAUUAAAGGAAUUGGUCAAAAAGUGAACUUUUGUCUCUGAUUACCAUUUA